GCCCCGGAGCCGCCGCGGCAGAGAGGUGUGGAGUGGAGGGGGAGGAAGCGGCGGAGCUAGCGGGGCUAACCGGAGCUAACAGGCUACAGUCCAUUCUGAUGAGCCACGGACGAGCAUGCGCGCUCCAACGAACAGUUGACUCCUCCAGAGAUGUCGGGCAGUAAGGCGCUGAGCGGAGCUGCUAGCGGCGCGAGGCGCAGGCGCACGCGGUGCCGGCGCUGCCAGGCCUGCACGAGGAGCGAGUGCGGCGAGUGUCACUUCUGCAAGGACAUGAAGAAGUUCGGCGGGCCCGGCCGGAUGAAGCAGUCCUGUCUCCUGAGGCAGUGCACGGCGCCUGUGUUGCCGCACACGGCGGUGUGCUCCGCGUGUGGAGAGGCAGGAAAGGAGGACACGGUGGACUCUGAGGAGGAGAAGUUCAGUCUGUGCCUGAUGGAGUGUACCAUCUGCAACGAGAUCAUCCAUCCCAGCUGUCUGAAGAUGGGCAAAGCUGAAGGCAUCAUCAACGAUGAGAUCCCCAACUGCUGGGAGUGCCCCAAAUGCCACAAGGAGGGCAAAACCAGUAAGGACCAGGCUGACGGGUCUGGGAAGCGCAGGAUGGAUAACGGGGAGGUGGGUCGAUGGAAACUCACAGAUGACCCUCCCCCCAAAAAGAAAACCCCCCUCUCCCCUGAAGAGGGGGGUAGGGCUGAGGGGGGUCACAAGAGGAAGAAGGAGAAAGAGCAGCCAGACAGCGGUCCCAAGAAGAAGAUGAAAGGUGGACAUGAAAAACGUCUGAAAAAGAAACCCAAACAGGAGCCCGGAGAGUCCAAUGGCCUCCUCGUGUCUCCUGCAGGAUCUUCUGGAGGAGUCCCAGGAUCUUCUGGCGCCUCCUCCUCCUCUCAGUCAGGGGGGGCGGCGGCGGGGGCGGGGACAUCCAGUGCUGACCAGCGCUCUCACCACCGUGAGAAGCUGGAGCGCUUCAAGAGGAUGUGUCUGCUGGAACGCCGUCCCGAGUCCUCCUCCUCGUCGUCCUCCAGCUCGGAGUCCGACUCGGAGUCCGACUCGGACAAUUCCCUGAGGGGUGAGCAGGGGGGCGGCUCCUCGCCAUCGUCUGCCUCUCCGGUCCCGCCCUCCACCGUAUUUGGCAACAGCAGCGUGAGUCGAGCAGAGAGGGAGCGGGGCCGCGCCGAGCGGGACCGGCGCCUCGCAGAACUGCAAGGAGAGGGGGGCGGGGACAGAGCCAGACGGAGAGGCGGCUGCGAGGUGAAUUCACGAGGGCGGAAAGCGGGGAUGAUGGAUGAAGAGGAGGAAGACCCGCCCCCUUCUGAGAGGGUGAGAAAAAACUCUUCCUCCCUCCCCCCUCCCUCACCUCUCUCCUCCAAUCAGCAGCCUCCGUCUUCAAAGCACGACGGCUUCAUGGUGAAGGCGCGGAGCAACGGGCAGGAAGCCCGAAACGGACGGACUCGGGGUGGGGGGGGGAAGGAGGGCGGUGAAAAAGAGAACAGCAGUGGAGCUCUGACCAAUCACAGACAUGCAGGAGGAGGCGGAGCCAAAGGCAGCGGCAGCCGCAGCAUCAAAGUCCGGAGCAACAACAAGAACUCCAAGAACAGCGCCUCCAUCCCCCCCUCAAACGGGGCGGGGGCUCUGGGCAGCGGCCUCAUCAUGUCGGUGAUGGCGGCGUCACCCUGCUCGCAGUCGUCACGCCUCGCGCCGCGCUCGCAGGUGAUGAAGCGCAGCCCGCCCGCCGUGCCCUCUCCGCCGCGGCCAAUCCAGAUGGAACGACACCUGGUGCGCCCGCCCCCCGCCUGCCCCGAGCCCAGCUGCCUGCCGCUGGACUGUGGCUCCGCCCAUGUCAUCACGCGGGACGUGUGGCUGCGAGUCUUCACCUACCUGAGCCAGACGGAGCUGUGCGUGUGCAUGAGGGUGUGCCGCACCUGGAGCCGCUGGUGCUGUGACAAAAGGCUGUGGACCCAGAUCGACCUGAGCCGGCAGCGCUCCAUCACCCCCCCCAUGCUGAGCGGCAUCAUCCGCCGGCAGCCCGUCUCCCUGAACCUGGGUCACACCAACAUCUCCAAGAAGCAGCUGAUGUGGCUCAUCAACCGGUUACAAGGAGCUGAACGUGUCCGGCUGCGCGUGGCCCGCCGUCUCCGCCCUCUGCCAGGCGGUCUGUCCGUGUCUGAAGCUCCUUGACCUCAGCAGGGUGGAGGACCUGAAGGACACUCACCUGCGGGAGCUACUGCUCCCCCCUCCCGACACCAGGACAGCUCACGGCGAGGGAAGGGCGGGCCGGUUCCAGAACCUGACGGAGCUGCGCCUGUCCGGACUGGACCUGAGCGACUCCUCGUCCCGCCUCCUGGUCCGUUACACCCCCCACCUGCGCCGACUGGACCUGAGCCACUGCGCCAACGUGACCGACCAGACGGUGUUGGCGCUCACCUCCCCCUUGUCCCCGCUGAGGGACAGCCUGACCCACAUCAGCCUGGCAGGUUGCUCCAAGCUGACAGAGCAGAGCGUGCUGCUGCUGCGGCGGUGCCCCUCCCUGCACACGGCGGACCUGCGCUGCUGCCAGCUGCUCCCCCCCGAGGCCGCGCAGCUGCUCUCCUUCCCCCCCCACACCACCUCCUCCUCCUUCAGCUCCUCUGUGGAUGGGACGCUCCUAAAGAACACCUAAAGCUCCGCCCUACAUGACAGUGUGGCACAGGCCACGCCCCUUUUACACUACAGGCUGGAGGGUGGAGGGUGUGAACCCCAAGCGUGUACAGAACUGUCCUCCAAACACAUGGGGGUGUAAAUACUGCAGUUUCAUGGCCCCGCCCCCUCUUCCUGCUGCUGACCAAUCAUCAUUUAGCUGUUGUGGUCUGAACCUGCGCACUGACCAUUGUUUAAAUAAAGUUUAUUUAAACCAAGGAGCUGCAGAGGAACCGCCCACUCAAACCUGCAGGCUGACUGGACUCAUGGGGGAGGGGCUGCGCCCAAUCCCGACCCAGUCCGAUCCGGUUCUGCUCGAGGGACGGUUGUUCUGGUCGGUUGCGUUUUCUCAGGAUUUUUGUUUAUUUAUUUAUAACACCCCCCACCCCCAACAGAUUCCCGGUGACAAUGCCCCGCCCACUCCUGCCUGAACACCCCCCCACGCCCCUGUCUGAGGAGGUCUUGGUGACUGUCGGUGCUGCCCGUCCUCUUGGGGGCGGGGCCAUUCCCAUGAUGGCUCAGAGCGUCAACGCCAUUGAGCUGGUUGGUCAUCGGGGGGGCUAUGCUGUACCUGUGGGGAGGGGGGUUGUGUUCAGGGUCCACUCAGAGGUGGUGUGUGUGUGUGUGUGGGGGGGGGACGGGGUCUCUGAUUGAGUUUUAUUUAAAAAGAAAAAAAUGAUUUUUUGCAGCUUUUUUUACGUUGAGCCUCUCAUGCUUCGAUCUGCUGCUGGAUCUUUGUUUUUGUUUACAUUUGUUUACAUUCUCUGACCGGGGGGGUCAGGCUGGUACGCUGUUCGGGUUGGGGGGAGGGGGGGUUGCAGGAAUCCCUGCUGUCUCAUGAAUGCAGCACAACAACCACUGUUUGUUUGUUGUUUUUGUUGAAAUGUUUGUUUUUGUCUUUUGCUGUUCCUGGAUUGUACCUGAUCCCUCCGGAUUGGACGGAUCUCCUGAAAGCUCUUAUCCAACAGGAGGCCGGACAUUUCUGGACCUCAGAGUUCUGAGGGGAUUCAAAGAUGCACUGGACCCGCCUCCUCCUCCUCCUCCUCCAUGUUUGCCAAAUGUUUCCAUGUUCUAAUCGGGGCAUCUCGCUUCUUUGUUUUUACUCUUUGUUCUCGGCUCUUCCGAGCCGUCGAUGGAAAAAUGUUGGAAAGACCAACGACCAACUCGAGGCAGCUAAGUCUGAGUGACUGAACACCAAUAAAGAGGCAGCGGCUGGUUUUCUACUCUG